GCAUGUGUCGCCUUUUGCUAGUGCGUCGUCGUCGUCGUCGUCCUCCACUUCCUCGGUCUUGCCCUCGCUGCUAACGUGCGUUGCCGAUGCCAUCGUUGUGGCUGUCGCUGUCGCUGUGGCCCUCUCCUCGCAGCUUCGCUUCGACCAGCAUCCUCUCAGGCCAUCAAGCUCCCUGGAGGCCAACGCACACACCGGGUCCCUGUGCGAUAGACCCUCACACUCGUUUGAUUUGUCCUCGCCGCCCCAUCUUCCAUCUCCCUCUCCCUCGCUCGACCUGGUUGCUGCUGGUUGCUGCUGGUGGCCUGGAUUGCGCCUUUGCCAGCCCCCCCUGCUUCUACUUACUGGCUCCUGCUCCGGCUUGCUACUGCGGUUGCCGCCGUUGCUGUUGCCCCGAGCUUAGCUAACCUGGACGACCAUCUAACCGUCCAACCUGGCCAACCUUCUUCUUCUUCGUCGUUGUCGUCGUCGUCGUCGUCGUCGUCGUCGUCGU